UGCAGGUGCAGAAGAUGUUUCAGUAAUGUGCGGUGCAGUCGCGUUGAGGGGAGCUACUCCACAUCUUCAAAGCACUGAUCGCAAAUUAGGAUCGUCGGAAAGAUAUCCCCACUCUUAGGAUACUCGUCCCCGGUGAAGUGACACAACCUCGGUUAUCCUCGAGGGCGCAUCCAGGCGACAUGGCCUCAUCCGUGAGCGGCGCGGAGGAAGUGCGCGUGUCGACGUUGACGCCCCUGAAGUUGGUGGGCUUGGUGUGCAUUUUCCUCGCGCUGUGCCUGGAUGUCGGGGCCGUGCUGAGUCCGGCGUGGGUCACCGCGGAAGAACAGUACCACCUGUCCCUGUGGGAGUCUUGCUGGAAGCCCGCGGCAUCUCCGACCUGGAGGUGCACCAGCACGCUGGGGACCGACUGGCAGAUUGCCACAUUGGCGUUGUUGUUGGGUGGAGCGUUCCUUAUCCUCCUUUCCUUCCUGGUGGCCCUGGUGUCUGUCUGCAUUCGUUCCAGGAGACAUUUCUACCGACCGGUCGCAGUUAUGCUGUUUGCUGCAGUGGUUCUGCAGGCCUGCUGUCUGGUGCUUUAUCCCAUCAAGUUUAUCGAGACCAUCAGUUUGAGAAUAUAUCACGAGUUCAACUGGGGUUACGGUCUGGCCUGGGGCGCCACCAUCUUCUCCUUCGGAGGAGGGAUUCUCUGCUGCCUGAACCCCAAGAACUAUGAAGAAUACUACUAAACCUGCUACGAUACCCACGAUGCACUUCAAUGUCCACUUCACUGUUGUUAUAGCAGCUUAUGCACUGAACAUUUGUUCUCUUUGUGGACCUGAUAUGGAUUUUCCAAACACGCAGAGUAAAUGGCAAGCUGUUAAAUUCAGAUGCAAUUUCAUUUUAUUUUCCUUAUUCCCCACCAUUCUCCUCAUACCAUAAAUCUACAGUAUAAUGCAAUUAAACUCUGUCAUUAAAAUCCGGUCUACCAUUAUUAUCAA